GUGAGACUUCACACAUUCUUCAGUCAAUGUUGUUUUCGUCAAAUAUUCACUUUAAAACAAUGGCGUGUUACAUGUAGCUCUUUUCGUGUUGACGGAAGUGUACGUGGAACUACGGCUUGUCCUACGGCUCGACUAGGAACAACAUUUCUGUCAAAAUGUACGACCAGUGACUUUUUUGUGAUGAGGUUAGGUGACCGUUUUAGCAAGUUAUAAGUAGUUUUGUAAGAUUAUACAUGAAGGGGAACACUACCUAAAGAGCUAGCUCCGCGUCGCUUCUAAAUGGGAUUAUUUUUGGACAGAGGAUUUGGCGUUUGGAAUAAGCCACCUAUCUGUCAUUCAUUAACUCCGCGUUUGUGGUGUCUCUCUCUCGUUCAUUAACUCAUCGGAACAUUCAGUUAUCACCAGCUGAACCUCUGUCUAUUUUUUAUUUAAAAUGUGCGAACAGUUAAUCAUAAUACAUAAUAUAUUGUAGCUGAAAUCCUGCACGGUUUUGGUUCGGAAAUCAAUUAAGACGAUUUAGCCUAGCAGUUGCUGUUACAAUGGCCAGAGGAUGGCAGAAACUCUGAAAUGUGUUAAUCGUAGGACGUCGGACUAUAAUAAACUUCAUUUUUCAGACUUACUGAGAUAGCUAGCGUUGUCAGUAAAGUUUAAAUUCACUCGUCGAUAGCUCGAGAUUUAGUAUUAGCUUGUGAAUUCGAAUUAACAGCAAAGAAUCAGUGCUGUGGAAAAAUGUCUCCAGUUCCUGUAUUUCCUCUCAUCAUUAACUGUUGGAUGUCAGCACUUGGGUGCGUAGCAACGCUCAAACUCAUACCUGCCUUCAAAGAGCACUUCAUAUCCGCCAGGCUCCAUGGCAUGGACCUAAACAAAACCACCAAGAAGGAGAUCCCGGAGUCUCAGGGCGUCAUUAGCGGGACAGUCUUCCUCAUCAUCCUCUUCUGCUUCAUCCCUGUCCCCUUCCUCAGCUGCUUUAUGGGAGAGCAGUGCCAACGCUUCCCACACAAUGAGUUUGUGCAGCUGAUUGGCGCGUUGUUGGCCAUUUGCUGUAUGAUAUUUCUGGGCUUCGCCGACGACGUGUUGAACCUGCGAUGGCGACACAAGCUCCUCCUUCCCACCAUGGCCUCGCUGCCCCUGCUCAUGGUCUACUUCACCAACUUUGGCAACACCGUCAUCGUCGUUCCGAAACCUUUCCGGACCCUGCUGGGGAUCCACCUGGACCUGGGUAUUCUGUAUUAUGUCUAUAUGGGGAUGCUGGCGGUGUUUUGCACCAAUGCCAUUAACAUACUGGCCGGAAUUAACGGCAUCGAGUCAGGGCAGGCCCUCUUCAUCUCAGGCUCCAUCAUCGUCUUCAACCUGCUAGAGCUUAGCGGGGAUUACAGGGACGACCAUGUUUUCUCCUUGUACUUCAUGGUUCCUUUCUUCUUCACUACGUUGGCCCUCUUCUACCACAACUGGUACCCGUCGUCUGUGUUCGUGGGAGAUACGUUCUGUUAUUUCGCCGGGAUGACGUUCGCGGUGGUGGGGAUUCUGGGACACUUCAGUAAGACCAUGCUUCUCUUCUUCAUCCCUCAAGUCAUCAACUUCAUCUACUCUCUCCCUCAGCUCUUCCACGUCAUCCCCUGCCCCAGACACCGCCUGCCCAGAUUACAGGCAGAGACAGGAAAGCUUUGGAUGAGCUAUUCAAAGUUCAAAAGGAAGGACCUCUCUAAAUUAGGAGAACUCAUACUGAAGGUGGCAGAGACGUUAUGGCUGUUAGACGUGCGUCGCGGCCAGGACGGAGAUGAUGAGUUUGUGGAAUGUAACAAUAUGACACUCAUCAACCUGGUGUUGAAAAUCCUGGGUCCCACACAUGAGAGAAACCUCACUGUCAUCAUGCUGCUUAUACAGGUCCUGGGUAGCGCCGUUGCUUUUGGAAUCCGUUACCAUCUCGUGAGACUCUUCUAUGACGUGUAAACACCAGGGGCACACUGGAGAGGAGAGGAUGGACCACAGGGUCCGUGUCUUACGUUCAAACAAAAAAACAAACAAACAAAUAAAUAAACUAACAAAAAAUGCCUCAAACAAACAAAAAAGGCACUGACUGUAGCCGAAUGUUACCUUUGCCUCUCCCUUACAGCAUACAUAAAGGAUCUGUUUACAACAUUCACAGUUUAGCCCAUGAUUGGUCAAGGCCCAACUGAAUGGACACUGACUGUGUAAUCAUGUUCAAGGAGAGUAAAGCUCUGGUUUUGAGGACUUGAACGUACUGGAUUUUAGUAAGCACCAGAACAAAUGUGAUGGGGGGGGGGGGGGGGGGAAAUCUAAUCUUAUAGUCAGGGUUGCUGUGUAGUAUGGCAAAAUGUAGCUGGUAUUUUGAGAGGUCUCUCGUUUUCGUCUGUGGGUUUUUAGGAGAACGUAUCUGCCUGAUUUUGGCAUAAUUCUGGCAGAGGGAACACAGAGAAUAAAGUUUUAUUUGAAAAUAUCAGGUUAGGCGGUUACUUAUUUCGGUUUAUCAGAUUUGGGGGUGGGAGGGGUAUCUGUAUUUGAUGAGCUCUCUCUUUAAAGGAUAAAAUUUAUAUCUUCCUGGACCACACAGAGGUUUCAUUUAC